GGCGGGGGUCACAUGAUCCCCCCCCCCAGCUGCAGAGUGACAGGGGGAAAAUGGCAGCGUUCUUGCAGUGGCGAAGAUUUGUAUUUUUCGAUAAAGAAACGGUGAAGGAUCCUGCGGACAAUGGGAAAAAUUUCGCGCUCCCGGUCGGUAUCUGUGCCUGCGACUCGGGCCGAGGUCACAUCGUGCUGGGAGAUCUGGAGGGUCAGAUCUGGUUCCUGACACGCUCCCUGCAGCUAACGUCCUUUCAGGCAUACAAACUACAAGUGACUCACCUCUACCAGCUGAAACAGCACAGCAUCCUGGUGUCAGUGGGAUUGGACGAGCACGGAAUCAACCCACUGGUCAAGGUGUGGAACCUGGACAAGCGCGACAGUGGGAACCCUCUCUGCACUCGGAUCUUCCCGGCCAUCCCAGGGAACAAACCCACAGAGGUGUCCUGCCUCAGCGUGCACGAGAACCUCAACUUCAUGGCCAUCGGCUUCACAGACGGCAGCGUGGUUCUGACCAAGGGCGACAUCACCAGAGAUCGCCACAGCAAAACCCUCACCCUGCACGAGGGCACCUGCCCCAUCACCGGGCUUGCUUUCCGGCAGGCGGGCAAAGUCACGCACCUGUUUGUCGCCACCCUGGAGAAAGUCCAGUGCUACACCCUCUCCGUGAAGGAGUACCCGCACCUGGAGCUGGACACACACGGCUGUGCCCUGCGCUGCGCCGCGCUGACCGACCCCUCCCAGGACUCCCAGUUCAUCGUGGCGGGUGACGAGUGUGUGUACCUCUACCAGCCCGACGAGAGGGGCCCCUGCUUCGCCUUCGAGGGGCACAAGCUGCUGGUGCACUGGCACCGCGGGUAUCUGGUGCUGCUCACACGCGACGCCAAGUCGCCGAACAAGCCCGAGUUUCCGAGCCGGGAGGCCUCCCCCACAGAGAAGCAGGUCCUGACCGUCUACGACUUGGACAACAAGUUCAUUGCGUACAGCGCUGCGUUCAACGACAUCGUCGAUGUGCUGGCGGAGUGGGGCUCGCUGUACAUCCUGACCCAGGACCGCAAGAUGUAUGUGCUGCAGGAGAAAGACACUCAGACCAAGCUGGAGAUGCUCUUCAAGAAGAACCUGUUUGUAAUGGCCAUUAACCUGGCCAAGAGCCACCACCUAGACAGCGACGGGCUGUCCGAGAUCUUCCGUCAGUAUGGGGACCACCUGUAUGUCAAGGGAGACCACGAUGGAGCCAUUCAGCAGUACAUCCGCACCAUUGGGAAGCUGGAGCCCUCCUAUGUGAUUCGGAAGUUCUUGGAUGCUCAGAGGAUCCACAACCUGACAGCAUACCUGCAGGCCCUGCACAGGCAGUCCCUGGCAAAUGCUGACCACACCACCCUGCUGCUCAACUGCUACACCAAGCUGAAGGACAGCUCCAAACUGGAGGAGUUCAUCAAGAGCAGCGAGAGUGAGGUGCAUUUCGACGUGGAGAUCGCCAUUAAGGUUCUCCGGCAGGCCGGCUACCACAGCCAUGCGGUCUUCCUGGCGGAGAAGCACGAACACCAUGAGUGGUACCUCAAGAUCCAGCUUGAAGACCUCAAGAACUACCAGGAGGCCCUGCGGUACAUCGGGCGGCUGCCCUUCGAGCAGGCGGAGAGCAACAUGAAGCGCUAUGGGAAGACGCUGAUGCACCACGUCCCCGAGGAGACCACCCUGCUGCUGAAGGGUCUGUGUACCGACUACCAGCCACGCCGGGACUCCGCCGACAGAGACAGCCUGGGCAGCAAGGCGAACUCGGAGGAGUUCAUCCCCAUCUUCGCCAACAACCCUCACGAGCUGCGGGCCUUCCUGGAGCACAUGAUCGAAGUGGAGCCACGGUCUCCCCAGGGGGUCUAUGACACCCUGCUGGAGCUCCGGCUGCAGGACUGGGCACAUGAGCAAGACCCGCAGAAGAAGAGCGCUCUGCAGGACGCUGCGCUGUGUUUGUUGAAGAGUGACUAUACGGUGUUUGACAAGGCUCUUGUCCUGUGCCAGAUGCACAACUUCAAGGAGGGGGUGCUGUAUCUGUACGAGAAGGGCAAACUCUACCAGCAGAUCAUGCAUUACCACAUGCAGAAUGAAGAGUAUGCGAAGGUGGUGGAGGCCUGCAAACGCUAUGGGGAGCAGGAGGCCUGCCUGUGGGAGCAGGCCCUGGGGUACUUCGCACGCAAAGAGGAGGACUGCAAGACCUACAUCAGCCAAGUGCUGCAUCACAUCGACCGCAAUAACCUCAUGCCUCCGCUGUUAGUGGUCCAGACCCUGGCGCACAACUCCUCGGCGACGCUGUCGGUGAUCAAGGACUACCUCAUCAGCAAGCUGCAGCGGGAGAGCGAGCAGAUCGAGGACGACGAGAGGAAGAUCCGCCAGUACCGCGAGGACACCGCGCAGCUGCGCACGGAGAUCCAGGAGCUGAAGAACAGCGCCAAGAUAUUCCAGAAGACGAAGUGCAGCAUGUGCAACAGCCCGCUGGAGCUGCCCAGCGUGCACUUCCUGUGCGGCCACUCCUUCCACCAGCACUGCUUCGAGAGCUACGCCGAGAGCGAGGCCGAGUGCCCCACCUGCACCCCCGACAACCGCAAGGUGAUGGACAUGCUGCGCGCCCAGGACCAGAAACGGGACCUGCACGAGAACUUCGCCAGACAGCUGCGCUGCUCGAACGACGGCUUCUCGGUGGUGGCGGACUACUUCGGCCGGGGGGUGUUCAACAAGCUGACGCUGAUCACCGACCUGCCCGGGGGGAAGCCUGGGGGCAGCGGCGGCGGCGGGCUGGAGGCCGACCUGCAGCGAGACCUGCUCAUCCACACCAAGAGGAACGCCUGAGACCCGGCCCAGACCCCACUGGACACGGACAGCCGCGGCCAGAGCCACAGGGACCUGCUGCAGAGAGCGCAAGGGAAGACACGUCUGACCUGUGUUAGACAUGCAGGGGAUGGGCAGAUUCAGCAAUCGGCACUGAUGCACUGAGAAGAACUGCACACUCCUGUAGUGGAGACGCUAAGCAUCAUGUAUUUGUACAGCCAUCUUAAUAUAAUGCAUUGGGUGUCAUGGGCGCUGUGAUGAGUUUAAUCUAAUUAUGAUGCAGCAUGCCUCAAGAUUUCCGCUACAGCUGCUGUGACCAAGAAGUGCAAGGUUCAUAAACGAGCACGUGGUGAACUAAGUGGUUUGAGGAAUGUACUCGCUCAACAACUUAAGCUGGUUGUCAGUAGGUAUUUUUUUUUCUUGUAAAAAGCGCGUUCAGAUAUUUCAAAAGUCUUUCUCCUCUUCGUCUUUCGUCUUCAGAUUUCUUGAAUUUCACCGUCAGAUAGCAGUGAGUUAUUUUUUAACCUUACAAAAUGGAACAAAAGUAUUUUAAAAAAGCUCACAAACAUGGCAACAAUAACAACAUUUUUAACAAACAAUUACAUUUCGGCUCCUGGCCUUAUUAAGGUUUUUAUGGAUUGAUGUUUUCCAUAGCAGUGGUUGUACUGAUAAUGGUUAAUGUGAUUAAAUGAGCUUUGUUGAGAAGCACUUGGAAUCUUUUUCCACCUCCAAUGGAAAGUCACAGAUUAUUUUUCCCAGUUUUGUUGUAGCAGCUCAAAACAGAACAUCCUUUUGACCUUUCCCCCUUGUUUAGACAGUGAAGGAAAGAUGGCACGCGAUAGGUUAUAGAGAAAUCAAUUUCUCUUCGUAAGAAAAGCUUUUUGAUUACUGUACUUUGUAAUUCUAAUAUAUAUGCCAGUAUGGAAGUGCUAAAAGAUCAACUGGAAAUAAAGUGUUCUGAAGGGUGUUUCUAUAAAA